AUGCUGAGUUUUUCACCUAUCCUAUUUAUAUGGGCGCUGAACUCAGUCGGAGGAGCGGAACAUCAUCUCUACGUACCAAGAUUCGUGAAAUUGAAAAGAGGUAUCGUCGAUACUGGCCAUGCUCCUCAAGUCUACAAGUUUCACGGUCCAAAGUCCUUAUCCUACAAGGAUGCGAAAAUUAUUCCUCAAGAAUCGUUGAUUGGAGGUAGCAGCUCGUCGAUUCUUGGAGAUUUUAAACCGUCGGUACCGUAUACCAGCCUGCCAGAGUCUCAAAGUAGCGAGCAACUCUCGCCGUACUCUGACAGCCUAUAUACCAUGUCUGCUGGAUAUAAAAUCGCGAACGACAAUACUGCGAAACCACUGAUACAAACUGGUCUCCAAGUUCCACUGUACAAGACAAAUUAUCCCUUACCGAAAGCCACGGUGUCCCAAAUGUACGCGCCCGCGUUGCAAAGUAAAAAAGCUCCCUUGCAAAUUUUCCAAAUGCAGAAGGGUCAAGAGUUUCCCGGAUAUUUAUCCAGCUUUCAGAGACAGCCGCUCGUACUGAACCCCGGGAAUCACCAGUUCAAUUACCCGGGUAGAACACCGAAGGUGAACAACGUGCAGCUAAGCGCACCGUUUCUGUCGCCUCUUUCCAGUUUCCAGGGUGAAGUGGUCCCAAUUUCGACGGCGACCAACAACCCGCAAUUUCCGCAGUACAAAGGUGCUGCAGUAGAACUUUAUCCAGCUGUUGGCGGUUUUUCGACGGUGGCUUAUCAGCCCCUUCAGGCACAGCCACAGUUGCACUUCGCGCAUGGAAAUGUUCAGCAUGUGCAACCUGUUGAGAAUCCUCGUCAUUCGAAGCCGGUGCAGGAAAUUCGUUCCGAUGUGGAGAUUAUCAAUAGAAAGAAACCGGCGAGGCCACCUCCUAAGGAAGACGACGACGACGAUGAAGAUGAUGAUGGUGAUGAUGAAGGUUACAGACCGCGUGGAAAGCAAUACGAGGGAAAUUCGGAGGACGACGACAACUAUGAAACUAAAUCAGGAAGUUUCUUUAAAACAUCAACGACCGAAGGAGAUUUCAAGCCUUCCACGUCGUUUCCGUUCAAGCAGUACGACGAGAAAUUCGGCAAGUAUUCGAAACAGAGCCGGGAUGAAGGAACCGACGAGAAACCAUACUCCAAGUAUCAUAGUUAUUCCUCGUCGAACGACGACAGUGACGAUGAACAAGUGUCGUCAGGCAAAUAUCACGCAGAGGACACUUCCUCCAAACCGUUUUACAAUAGGCAAGAAGACGACGAAGACGAUGAACACGGUUACGAAAAACAGAGGACCGACGAGAGUUCUGAUAACACGCAGGGGUCUAAAUACUUUGACAAGGAUUUUGACGAAGACUUUGAAGCAUCCUACAGGAGGGAAUCACCGAAGCAAAGGUACGGCCACGUGAAAGAAGUUCCAGAGGUGGAAUAUGGAUCGAGAUCAUUCAGAAGAAACAAGGACAAUUACGAAUCUGACGAGCCAUCCGGCGAAAGAAGUCGGACAAAUGCUAAAUACCGCAACAAUUUUCAGAAUUUCAAGGACAACGAAGGACACAAUUCUGAUAUUCUAAUAAGUGCAAUACCCGAAACGAUAUACAAGGAAUCCUUUGGAUACAAAUUACCUCAGGGAAACGAUAAAUUCUAG